UCAAGAUUGCAUUCUCUUCCUGCUGGAAAUUCUUGGGGAUUGACCUCAGCCUUUGAUGAGGAAAAAUGGGUCAUCCAAAUUCGUCAAUCCUUAGAUGAUAGGAGCUUGAGGAUGACAUUGGAACACCAGUAUGCAUAUUCAAUGUCCCCAAGUCUCUUAUGGCCAUCGAUCCUGAUUCCUAUACUCCACAGGAAGUUGCAAUUGGUCCAUACCAUUACUGGCGCCAAGAGCUGUAUGAGAUGGAGAGGUACAAGAUUGCUGCAGCGAAAAGAGCUCAAAAACAGCUCCAAAGCCCCAAGUUUCACAAUAUUGUUGAGAAAUUGACAAAGUAUGAGCGAAAGAUCCGAUCGUGCUACCACAAAUACCUUAAUUUCAACAGCGAAACACUCUCUUGGAUGAUGGCCAUUGAUGCUUCUUUCCUGCUUGAGAUCCUCCGAGUUUAUACCAUCAGAGAAGAGAAGAAUCUCUCAAGGGUUUCCUCAAAAUUGUCAAAUUUGGUAGAUUAUGAGGGAUGGAAGUCAGCAUAUAAUGCCAUCCUAAGAGACAUUGUUAUGCUUGAGAAUCAGAUACCUUUAUUUGUUAUGAGAAAGAUGUUGGAACUCCAAUUUUCUGCUCUGGAACCAGCAGCAGAUCAAAAGUUGCUUUCUAUGUUGCUGGGACUGUACGAAGAUCUCUCUCCUUUCAAGGUGAUGGAAGACUUGGUGAAUAUUCAAGCAUCGGUCUCUGAAUGCUUUCAUUUGCUUGAUUUUUUGUACCGAAUGAUUACUCCAAAGUUGGCUGACCCAUUGGAGAUAAUGGAAGAUGAUCAAAAUCAAAAGGAACCCACCAGAGAAAACAUUGAAAGCGCUUUGAAACACUUAUUCAGUCCCUUGAGUAAACUGGGAAGUGAAAUUUGGAAGAUUCUUUCAAAGCUAAACAGAGGUCCGGUACAUUUACUCAGAAGAUUGUUGAGCUCUAGACCUUUACAAGUGAUCUUCAAACUGCCAUGGACAGUCAUAUCUAAACUUCCUGGAAUUGGGAUUCUGAUAAAGCCUCUUGAACACCUAUGUUUGCAGAGACGAGGUAAAGAAGAAAAUGAUCCAGAAAAGGGGAGUUCAAGGUCAGAUGGGAAACCAAGACCUCCAUUGUUGGAGGAAAUAACAAUCCCUUCAGUGUCCCAGCUGGUAAAAUCAGGGGUUUGCUUAUUGCCCAUCGAUGGAGGCGUCUCGGCCGUUGCCUUUGACACGAAGGCAGUGAUAUUUUACCUUCCCACCAUUACUCUCGAUGUGAACUCUGAAGUAGUAUUGAGAAACUUGGUAGCCUAUGAAGCUUCAAAACCAUUCGGGCCUUUGGUUUUCACCCGUUUCAUCGAACUAAUGAAUGGCAUCAUCGAUUCUGAGGAGGAUGUGAAACUGCUCAAGGAAAAAGGAAUCAUUAUGAACCAUUUGAAGAGCGAUGCAGAAGUUGCCGAGCUCUGGAAUGGGAUGAGCAAAUCCAUCAAGUUGACGAAAGUGCCAUUCUUGGAUAAGGUAAUUGAAGAUGUAAACAAACAUUACAGCAGCAGAUGGAAGGUUAAAGCUGUAAAAUUUAUAGAAAAGUAUGUGUUUGGAUCAUGGCCACUGCUAGCUCUAUUAGCUACCAUUUUGCUUUUGGCCAUGACAGCAUUACAAGCAUUUUGCUCAGUCUAUACCUGCUCUCAGGUUUUCUAUCAUCUCAACACAGCCAGGACCUAGUUUGUCAUAUCCUUCUCAUCUCCAAUCCCUUUAAGCUUAUUGUUUUCUUAACGUUAUGGUUUGUGAUUUUUAUGAUUCAGCUCGGAAUCACUCGGUUCUUGAGCUGUUCGUUAUCGUCUCUCGGUUGGUGUUUGGCCAGCCUUAAAGAGAAGAGAAGGAAGGCUUUCUUCUCGAACUGUCCUCAGUCUCGGGUGAGACAAGAACUUUGUAGGUAAUUUUUUAGUUGUUCUUUGAUGUAAAAUAAAGAAAUUGUUCUUUGAUGUACAAUAAAGAAGAAAGAACGGUUUAUUCUGUAGAGUAUUCUUCUCUUUUGAGUAUAACAAAGGUAAUAAUAUGGAGAUUUGAACC